GGUUUCUCUGUUUUUAUUUAUUUUGUGCACACCAUCUCGAAUGUUCAACACCUUCCAUCUCAGGAUCGGACUGUCUAAAUUAUCCACGAAAGUGGGUUCACUCCAGAGGAUCACAAGCAAUAUCGACCGGUGGUCUAUAGUAACACAAUACAGUCUCUAGUGGCCAUUCUUCGGGCGAUGCCAAAUCUCGGAAUUAGUUAUGGAAACAACGAGAGGGAGG